GUAAACUAAUCAAUAAAUGGAAAGACACAUAGACAUUGUGAUGAGAGUAGGGUCUGAGAAUAUGAGCACAGAGAUGGACAGAGGGAAGCUCAAGAUCAAACAGUCCUCCUCACUCAGAAAGUCCUUGAAAAUAGAUCUAGUCAAAGUCAUUGAGGAAGAUAUCUUACCUAAGGUGAGGUAUAUCAGUCUAAGAGAUCUAUCGAUACUGUUUAAUGGUCUUAUACUUGUGUUUUCACAUCAACAACACUCGAGUUAUUCUGAAAUUCAGGAUAUUCAUGACACCCUGAUUUGUCCAAUGAAGAGCCAAGAAGAUGUAGCUCCAAAAUCGAAGAAGGCAACUACCAGAAAAAGAAUCGAACCAAGGUCAAAGGUGACUGCAUCAAAGUUCAUUGCAAGCAUCACUCAGCUACUAUCUAGAAGACAUUUUCUGAUGCUGAAUGAUCCUGAAGCUCCAACACAGAGCGUGCAAGAAUCUCAAAGAAAAAGAUACUCGAAUAUGAGCUCUGCUAUGAACAACAGGGACAACCCAAGCAUUUCUCUUGAUCCAAACCCAGAAAUGGAUCUUUUCAACAAUGAUUUUGGAGAUCAAGUCUCCUUUUCAGUAACCCAAAGACUGCAAGAUGUUAGAAACCAACUAAACCUUGAUCUUCAUGAGAUGAUGAGGAACGAGGGGAUUGGAGAGGAGAAUGAUUUGCUCUUUAGUAAUCUUGAUAUCACAAACCCUGAAAUCAGUAACCUACUGAGAACUCCUCCUACAAGAGGUACUCAACUCCAGAGCUUUCGCCACGAGCAUGAUUUAAGAAAUCAGUUUGAUUCUAAUGAAAACUCGUCUCAAAACUCAGAUCCUUCAAUGGUUGGAGAUUCCAAGAUCCUGAAGAACAGCCAUAUUCAUCAAAUGGUCAAUGAUCCAUUAUCCAAGAUGAAACUGAAAAGUUCUGAAAUCGAGGAUCUUAAUGAUUUUGAUUCAAUUCUUCAAAAAUAACUUGAAGUCUGUAACUACUAAUACUUGGAUGGAGAACUCUAAGACCAUUAAGGAUAAGUAUAACUUGAUAAACCCAGUCACUAAGCAGAGCCUACCUAUUCAACUGCAGAACUCUGCUGCGGUGCUUUUGCCUGCAGAUUGAAUCAGUAGCACAAUCCGAGAGUACUUGAACACCACAACUUCUAGAAAGAUGAGGUCUAAUGUCCAAGGAAGUUCUGGGAACAACUUCAAUACAGAAAGUAAUUUGUUAAUGAGGAACAAUCAGAACAGCUCUAAGCAUAUCCAUUCUGCAAAUGAUGCUUUUCUUGGUAGAAAUGAGCAUGAAGACCAAAGAUAUGACGAGUUAGAGCAAAUUCUGAACAAUGAGCCUGAUGACUUGGGUGAAGAUAUUCUAAACUUCAACCUUGAUGAUGACUCUGGAACUCCUAAUGAAGAACUCUUUCAGCGUAAUGAUUACUUCAGAGCUAAGGAUAUUAAUGAUUACAUUACAACACAAGGAACUUUCCAUUGACAAUACAUCAGCUCUUACAAUGAAAUCAAUGAAAUAAUCCAACAAGACUCAAAGAAAAGAUCCCAACUGAUUUCUAAAAUAGAUAAUUCUACACAAAGUCAAGGUUUGCCUUUCUCCGAACUUCUCAUAAGAUUCAAAAAGAAUUCUCAAGCUAAUCCAAGUGAAGAACUCACUAUCUUCAAAUUUGAUAAAGCGGAUAAAGCCAAUGUAUUCAUGAACCUUCUUCACUUGAAGAGGCAAGGCAAGGUUCAACUCAGACAAGAUAAUGUUGAAGAAUUCGGAGAGAUUUUAGUCAGUUGUUAAUAAUCCAAUCUCAUA